AUGGCGCAAUGGAUGGAACUGAGCACAGUGCUGUUUGUAGUGAUCGGUGUGUCCUUGCUGGACGCCCAGCGGUGCCCGUGCAUCACUGGACCGCCGGACUAUCAGUGUCCAUCAGCACCGCUGAUGCAGGUCUACCUGAGCCACGAACUGUACUGUACCCGCUACUACAAGUGCACCGAUGGGCGAGCCAUCGAGUUUCAGUGCCCGUACGCAAUGUACUUCGAUCCAGUGGCUAAGAACUGUACGACGGACUUCCGCGUCUGCUACCGAGACGUGGACUGCAUGCUCUUCGUCGACGCCUGCAGGUGCUGCAGGCAACAGUUCGACAACACGGGACUGCAGCCGCAAAACUUCUACGUAUGUUACGACGACGGCAUGGGGCUUGCCAUAACCUGCCCGCUGGCCCUGGAUCCUUGCACUAACAGCACCGUGCAGCUUCAGUUCAUCAACAACAAAUGUGAAGUGCCACCAACGACCGAACAAACAACGACCACUACCGUAUCAACCACCACGGGAAGCACCACAUCAACAACGUCCUCAACUACCUCCUCCACAACUAGUACAACCACCCAAAGUACGACCACUACCACGGUUGCUGGAUAG